CAGAGAGGUCGUCCAACCCCAAAACUAGCUAGCUUGUCUCAGCCCAGGAAAGGGUUUGUUCUCCACUUCAAGAGCAGUGAAUACGAGCCGUACCACUGGAUUACAGCCUCUGAGGAUCAGUGCAAAUUAUGAGCUUUAAUGCUAGACCAUUGCAAUAUAAUGCUCCUCGGAUUCAAAAUGGCGGAUGGGUCAUUGGAGCCCCACAACUGGUGCAAAAUGGUCAAGAAUACAUGGGGAACCCUGAACGUGCUGAACACCACAAACAGUCAGCAAAAGUUGAACCUCAGUGGGAAGUUGUUAAUAUGAACCAGAAAGCUGCUCCUACUGAGGAGCGCAGACAAGGAACUGAACCAUCUAGGCGCUUUUUGGUGGACCUGAACACUGGCUUGCUAAAGGAAUACAUCAGUGAGAUGGACCGGAGAGCUGAAGUCUACAUUCCAACAUACAAAUCUGAGUUCAGACAGGGCACACAGAACUCUCGUGUUACUUUGGUGAACACCAGAACAGGCCAGCAGUUACCUCAGCUUUCAGAGAUGCAGAGGAGAGCAGAACCAUUGUCUGAGUUCAGACAAGGCACAGAGUACAGUGAAGCAGCCUUGAUGAAACUCAGAAACGACCAGAUAAUGGAGAGAAUGGAAUUCAGACAGGGCACCGAGAACUCUCGUGUAACUCUGGUGAACAUCAAAACAGGCCAAAAGUUACCUAGGCUUUCAGAGAUGCAGAGGAGAGCUGAACCAUACAAGGCACAGAGUACAACCAAGGAGGAAGCCAAAGUUGAAACCAUCCACCAAGCGGUUCUACCCGAGCUCCGCAGACAAGGAACAGAACCUUCUAGACAUGUUCUUGUGGAGCCGAACACUGGAUUAGUAAAGGAACAAGUCAAUGAGAUGGAAAGAAGCGUUUCAGGCUAUGAGUUCAAGCAAGGCAAUGAGAACAAUCUGGUGGCCCUGAAGAAUCCCAGGAAUGCACAGAUGAUAGGAAAAGUUGGAAAAGAUAAAAACCCACACACUGUACAGGAUGUAGAAGAUAACGAGGUGUUUCCUGAGUUCAAGCGCGGCAUUCAGUAUUCGCAAGCUCAAAGACAGCACCUCAGGAAUCAUCACCUUUCCCAGGCUCUAGAAAGUAAUGAAGUGGAAAUUUCUCCAGCUGUAGAGGAGUUCAGAAAUGGCAUGGAAUACAUACAUGCCAAUAUCAUGGAUAGAUGAAUCAUGGAGCCUUCUAAUGUGAAGAAAAAUGAAUCCACAUGAGCAGCAGCAGAUCGAGGCCUAAUUUUUUUUAAUCCUGUAACAGUCUAAAAUAAUCUACAAAGAGCAUGUGUUUUUUCUUAAAUUAAUUUCCUUUCUUAACUUUAUUAAUGAUUUUCAACAACAAUAAAAAACACUGAGCAUUUUGA